UUUGGACAUUAUUAAACGAAGAAGAAUAUUUGGAUGAAAAAUCAUCAAAAUUUGUUGUUGCAUGUGUGGUCGAGGCAUUUGACUAUUUACAUUCACGUGAUAUUAUUUACAGAGAUCUUAAACCAGAAAACGUGAUGCUUGAUUUUAAAGGUUAUGCGAAAUUAGUGGAUUUUGGUAAUGCAAAACGUAUGAUCCAAGACAAAACUUACACUUUUUGCAGCAUGGAAUAUGUAGCGCCUGAAAUAGUUUUGGGUCGUGGCCAUAAUAAAUCGCUAGAUUAUUGGUCACUUGGUGUGUUUAUUAGUGAAUUAUUAUUAGGGGAUUCAAUAUUUCGUGGCUCAAAUGCUUUAGAAACAUAUCAAAAUGUGCUGGUGGGUGGCGAAAAAAUUAAAUUACCUUCCAAAUUAACAAAAGAUUCGCAAAGUAUUAUACGAAGUUUGUGUAAAUUACAUCCAGCUAAACGAUUAGGCUGCCAACAAGAUGGAAUUAAUGCCAUAAAAAAUCACAGAUGGUUUAACAAUUUCGACUGGGUUUCAUUAGAAGACGGGACAUUAAAGGCACCUCUUAUUCGUCCCAUAAAUGGACCUACAGAUCUUACAAAUUUUUAUCAGAUACAAGAUGCAAAUAUUAUAGAUGAUGCAACAGAGGAUUUAUCUAAUUGGGAUAUAGAUUUUUAAUGUACACAUUUAAUUUUUUUACUUUUCGAACCCUAAUA